AUGAGACUCUGCUCACCGGGACUCGGAAUUCAACCACAUGAAGGUGAUUUGUACACUUAUGUCUGUGUCGCUUAAUUUUUCUCCGGCUCUAUUAAAAUCUUGAAUUUUUGCGUUAUUUUUGGAACCGCAGAAGAAUAUAUUUGUGCUAUUUCUAAAAAUGCCUUUUUGCUCUCCCACCCCACCAAUCACCCUCUCCCUUGCCUCCUUCAAUGAAAAGAAAAAAAAAGAAGAAAAAAGUCUAUCUGAUUUCAGCAUGGAAAUUACCUUCAGUGAAGAUUCUCUGAUUGGGUUUCCUUUUCAAUCUCUUUGGAUGAAAGAUUGCUUCAUUGUUCUUUUGUUUGCUAUUUUUUUCUAUUCCGUGUGAAUUUUAUCGGUAGGCAGAUUAAAUGGCUGCAUUUCGGCUUUUUUUAAAAUUUCCUUAUUCGUUGCCAACACUCUUGCAAAUGAAUAUUGCAAGAUAAUCAAGUUCAUUGUAAGAUUAACAUUUUCUAUGGGCAAAGUGUCAGAACUUGUGCUGAGUUCGGAUCUAAGUGACCAGUAAUUAUGUUAUUUUUGUGUUGUAGAGUUUCUAAACAUGGAUUUUCUGUUAUCUGCUUAUCAUGGCCAUUUCUGUGCCAUGCAGGAGAAAAAAGGUGCCUGAAUUCUGAGUUGUGGCAUGCUUGUGCUGGCCCUCUUGUGUCAUUACCUGCUGUUGGAAGCCGGGUGGUUUACUUUCCUCAAGGCCAUAGUGAGCAGGUCUGUUUGUGACUGAGUGCUUGCCCUCUUCUUGGGUUUUUAAGGUUUCUUGGUGUUACUAUCCCUGUAUGCUUUCACAUGUUAUCUCCAUGUAAAAAAAAUGGUAGAUCCAUGGUUUUUACUUUAGUUCUCCCUCAGAUAUUCAAUCCCAACAUUGCAGGUCAAUGCAUGGAAGUAUGUUCACUUUGGUAUUCAUUUUUUACGGUUCUGAAUUUAUCUGCUAUAAUGUCUUCAUCCAGGUUGCUGCAUCAACGAACAGGGAGGCUGAUUCUCAUAUCCCAAAUUACCCAACCUUACCUCCACAACUGAUUUGUCAACUUCAUGACGUUACCAUGCAUGCAAGUUUCUUGAAAAAUAUCUUUUUCUUACCCCGGUUUCUUUAGUCAGCGAACCUAAUUGCGAUGAGUGUUGUAAAUCCAGGCUGAUGUGGAGACCGAUGAAGUCUAUGCUCAAAUGACUCUGCAGCCAUUGAGCCCAGUAAGGAUUGCCAUCCUUCUCAUUCUUCUGGUUAUUCUUCGGCAAAUGUCAGUAUCUAAGUCACUUGCCCUUGUUGCUUGUAAUUAUUUGUCUGAGCCAUGUUUUCAGCAAGAGCAAAAUGAUGUCUACCUUCCUGCGGAAUUGGGUACACCCAGCAAACAACCAACCAAUUAUUUCUGCAAAACUCUCACCGCAAGUGACACUAGUACACAUGGAGGUUUCUCUGUACCCCGCCGAGCUGCUGAGAAAGUGUUUCCUCCCUUGGUAUGUUAGGUUCAUUAUCUUUAAGCAGCACUGCCCUAUGGUGAUCUGCCCAAACUUCAUGAAUGUAAUGAUUGAUCACAUUUCAUGUUUGUGUGCGCCACCCUAUGGUUCUGCAGGACUUUUCUCAGUCUCCCCCAGCACAAGAGUUGGUUGCAAGGGACCUUCACGGCAAUGAGUGGAAGUUCCGCCAUAUAUUUCGUGGUAAGUUUUAUGAACUCAAGCCUUUUCCAGAUUCUAUGUUUUUGCCCAGUUGUUAGCUCAUCUCGGCAAGAUUAAUAUUAACGUAUGGUGAAAAAACUUUGGAACCCAUAGGGAUUCUCCAGGAAAGCCUCUAUUCUUUUAAUUAACCGGAUCUGUUUUGUGACUAUUUCAAUUAACCUGAUUUUAUAUUUCUUGCCUAUUCUCUUUCUAUUUUCUAGGAAUCUCGAUGGAUUUUUCUGUGGCUAUCCGAACUUAGAUUGUGCAAUUAAAAGAUAAUUUUUGGCCUAUCAGCCAGUUUUGUUUGGCUUUUUUGUUCACCCUUUCAUGUCAAAGUCAGCCUGGUUAGAAACUUGUCAGUCCCUUAUAUUUUAGUGACGGACUCAGGCAGGGAGGUAGCUGUAAAACUUUGUUAAGUGCUUUGGGUCUUUCAUGCGCUUUGGCUGAAUCUAUAUUGUUCGAAGAAGGCUGUGCUUAAAUUGUGAUCCAAACAAAUGUGAGAUCACUUCCCUCCGAAUGGUUUUUGCAGUCGAAAAUUCGAACGUUAUUGCCUGUGGAAUACUGUCCGGUUCCCUAUUGAUCAGAUCACCCUGGUCCACCAAAAUCUAUUAACAGAAUCAAACGAAUGUUAUAAUCAUCAUUUUAUAUGAUUUUGUUUUAAUAAGUGAUCUUUGUUGUUUGGCACUCAGCAGUCUUUUCACGCUAAUUUCAUACCUUCUUGUUUUAUCUUAUUGCUUCGCUGUGAUUGAUCUCCAUUAUAAAAUUCACUCUAGCAAUGUACACCAAUAAUAAAGUCCGAGCUUGAUUUGCUGCACCAAGGACAUUUUUUUAUUGCGCUUCUUCAAGUAUACUCUGUAUUGAUCUCUUUUUUUGCGAUUGCUGGCGCAGGUCAACCUAAGAGACAUCUCCUUACUACUGGGUGGAGUGUUUUUGUUAGUGCAAAGAGACUUGUUGCGGGUGAUUCUGUCCUAUUUAUCUGGUAUAUACUGCCUUACUCCAAUUACUGACAUGUAUGUGGAUCAUGCUGAUGCAUUUAUAUAUUCCAAAGUUUCCUUUGGAACUUUAUAUUUUCCAGAAGUGAAACAACAAAUCUGAUGGUUAUGUCAGGAACGAAAACAAUCAGCUGCUUUUGGGAAUCAGGCGUGCUAAUCGGCCACAAACUGUAAUGCCGUCUUCAGUGCUGUCAAGUGACAGUAUGCAUAUAGGCCUUCUCGCAGCAGCAGCUCAUGCUGCUGCAACGAACAGCCGUUUCACAAUUUUCUAUAAUCCGAGGUGUUGAUCUUGCUUCACAAAAUGGGAUAUUCUGUCUUUAACUUUUCUUUGCUUUGACUUUUUGCGGUUCGUCCCUAGGGCAAGCCCUUCUGAAUUCGUCAUACCACUAGCCAAAUAUGUUAAGUCAGUCUACCACACCCGUGUUUCUGUGGGCAUGCGCUUCCGGAUGCUCUUUGAGACUGAAGAGUCGAGCGUCCGCAGGUUGGUGCCUCCCCAAUCGUCUGUGGUUUAGAAGAUCACCAUAGACAUUCAGUUCCCCCUCCCCAUACCCCUCUGCAUUUGCUUACUCGUUUAGUUCUCUUUUCCCAGAUAUAUGGGUACGAUCACAGGGAUAGGUGAUCUAGAUCCUUUGCGCUGGUCGAACUCACAUUGGCGUUCAGUCAAGGUAUCCAUGCCCUAAAUCUGAACGAUUUCAUGUAUAUAUAUAUAUAUUAAUAUAAUAGCUAGUAUUGAGAUUACAUAUUUAUGAUAUCGUGGAUAUGGUGAGCCUAAGUUUCCUUAUCGAAAGAUGAAUGAGAUGAACAGGCAUGGGAUGAAUCCUCCCUAAACUAUCAAUGGAUGUUGAUGCAGGUCGGCUGGGAUGAGUCGACAGCAGGAGAGCGGCAACCAAGGGUGUCUCUGUGGGAGAUUGAGCCGCUAACAACAUUCCCAAUGUAUCCUCCCCCUUUCUCUCUCAGGCUCAAGCGCCCAUGGCUGCCAGGACUCCCCUCUCUUCAUGGUGCCGCCUCUUCCUUUACUGCAAAUUGUGAGUCUUUUAUUGAUUUGAAUCGAGGGUGUUGACUUCACAUGAUCAUCUAAUGCAGUCGGGAAAGGUGACGAUUUCGGCCUCAACUCUGUGAUGUGGCUCCGGGAUAGCGAUCGGGGGGUCCAAUCCUUGAGCUUCCAGGGCGCUGCUGGUAGUUCGGGGCCCUGGAUUCAGCCAAGAAUUGAUGCUCCAUUCCUUGGGAUCCAGCCCGACAUGUACCAGCCAAUGGCAUCAGUGGCUCUUCAGGAAAUGAGGGGCUUUGAUCCCUCCAAGCAGCCCUCUCCACCGAUGCUGCAGUUCCAGCAGGCCCAGAGCAUUCCUGGCACAUCUGCAGGCCAGUUAUCACCCCAAAUCUUGCAGCAGCUGCAGUCUCAACCCCCGCAGCCAUUCCUGCAGGCCAUGCAAGAUGGGCAGCCUCAGAUUCAGGGCCAGCAGCCCCAUUUCCUCCAAUCUCAGCUCCAGCGCCACCACAGCCCAUUUUCCGAUCAGCAAAAGCUGCAACAACCGGCACUGCCUCCCCAGGGGUCACCUGUGCUGCCGGACCAGCCAGUUCCCACUGUUGUCUCGGCACUGUCUCAGCUCGCCUCGACAUCUCAGGCCCAGGCUUCCUCCCUGCAAAGCAUCUCUCCGUUUUGCCAGCCGCAGAGCUUCACAGGAGUGAAUGGAAGUACCAUGACUGCGUCUGCCGUUUCUCCCCUCCAUGGCAUCCUUGGCGGCUUCUCCCCCGAGGAGGCAACGCAGCUGCUGAACCUGCAGCGGAGCAGCUCAUCGGUGUCCUCUGCGGCGUGGUCGAACAAGAGAGUCGCAGUCGAGCCGCUGGUGCCUUCUGGAGCCCUCUGUCUCCUUCCCCAGGUAAAGCAGCUCCCCCAGAGCACUGCCACCCUGGCGCCAUUCCCAGGGAGAGAGUGCUCGGUGGACCAAGAAGACAGCACGGAUUCACAGAGCAACAUCCUCUUCGGGGUCAACAUCGAACAGUCCUCACUCUUGGUUCAGAGCGGACUGCCGAAUCUGAGGGCUGUCGCUAGUGAGACGGAGUCCACAGCAAUUCCAUUUGGUUCCAUCAAUUACAUGGGUGGCCCGGAGACUGAAUUCCCGCUGAACCCGGUGAUGGCGCCUUCCAGUUGCCUGGAUGAGUCGGGGUUUCUCCAGCCUCCUAACCAUGUGGGCCAAGUCAACCCCCAAGAUGGAACCUUCGUGAAGGUAAGCCUCACCAGUUUUCCUCCGGGAGUCGUUACUCUUUCUCCUGCUGUUAUGAAUGAGGGUUUUGUUUUCCACUUAAGGUGUACAAGUCGGGGUCCUUCGGGAGGUUGCUGGACAUCACCAGGUUCAACAGCUACCCCGAGCUCCGCAGCGAGCUCGGGCGCAUGUUUGGCCUCGAGGGCCAGUUGGAGGACCCAUUGAGAUCAGGCUGGCAGCUUGUAUUCGUCGACCGGGAGGGCGAUGUUCUUCUCGUCGGUGACGAUCCUUGGCAGUAAGCUCCUCUCCCACUGCGUAUACUCUGAUGCCGGUUUCUUCACUUGCUGAUGAAUCCCGUCGAAGUCAAUUUCCAUUAGUAUUUCUUCCAUCGAAGCCGAUGCCCCUCCGCUAGUUUUGUUUUGUUUUGUUCUUUUUUCUAAUUUAUCUUUCCGGGUAAUUUUAUUAAGCUUAUCUGUUUUCUUUUUAGAAAACCCUCCUCCAUUCUCUCUUUUAAAGGUCUCGAUCCAUGGCAGGGAGUUUGUGAACAGCGUGUGGUGCAUAAAGAUCCUCUCCUCCCAAGAAGUCCACCAGAUGGGGAAGCAAGGACCUAGCCCCGAGAAGGGGUCUGGCGGCAGCGGCUGCGAGGAUUACGUGAGCCGCCAGACCCCGAGGGGCGGCCUCGGCACCGGGAUCAUGUCAGUCGGCGCCUUCGACUACUGA